AUGUCUGACAAUCCAUUGCAGAAUCUCUCCUUAACCUUUCAGAAAGUCUCAAAUUGCAUACAAACUCAUUUGUCUAAUUUCACAGGCCAACCUCAAAACCCAUCAUCAUCCACAAGCAAAAUCCCUAUCUUCUCUUUCUCAUCGUCAUCAUCACCUUUAUCAUCCAAAAUAUACCCAGCAAACACAGAUACUUCUACUGUCCAACCUAAAGACAUUUUUAACAAGGAAAAGUCUGCUGGUCCUGUAACUAAAGAAGAGCUUGGAAGAGUUACUUGGACUUUCCUACACACUCUUGCUGCUCAGCAAGAUGGGAUGUGUAACCGAGGAAACCUUGUUUAG